AGCGUAGUCGACACGUGCUGCGGUUUACUUCCGGGUGAGAGCUCGUCCUCUGGGUGCAGCGCAAUCAUGGGCAAUGUGUUGGCUGCCAGUUCUCCCAGUCCACCUCCUCCAGUGCAGGCCAGGCCAGGACUGGUUUCUGUCCCUGCUGGCUUCGCCAUGCCGUCUGUCUCCCCAGUCUCUCCUGCUUCCUCUGGGCAAAAGGAGUGCGAGCCACAGCUACCCAACCCAGGUGCUUUUGAGGAGUUUCAUCGAAAAUGCAAAGAUGUGUUUCCCGUGCUGACGGAAGGAGUUCGGCUAACAGUCAACAAGGGCCUCAGCAGCUUUUUCCAGGUCAAUCACACCAUCAUGCUAAGCACCUUGGGAGAUUCCAGUUACAGAUUUGGUGCUACGUAUGUCGGGACCAAGCAGACAGGACCUGCAGAGGCAUUUCCAGUUCUGGUGGGUGACAUGGACAACAGUGGGAGCCUCAAUGCACAGAUUAUUCACCAAAUAAGCAACAGAGUGCGCUCCAAACUGGCCUUCCAGACGCAGCAGCAAAAGUUUGUCAACUGGCAAGGAGACGCUGAGUUUAAAGGAGAAGACUUCACAGCUACAGUAACUGUAGGAAACCCAGACAUGGUGGUAGGAUCAGGCAUUGUUGUAGCUCACUAUCUCCAGUCGAUCACUCCGUCCUUGGCACUGGGAGGAGAGCUGGUGUACCACCGCCGGCCUGGUGAAGAGGGGACGGUCAUGUCUUUGGCGGGACGAUAUACAGGUUCUAAUUUCAUUGCCACACUGACCCUCGGAGGUGCUGGUGCACAUGCAUCCUAUUAUCACAAAGCCAAUGAGCAGCUGCAGGUUGGUGUGGAGUUUGAAGCCAGUACUCGAAUGCAAGAAACAAAUGUAUUGUUGGGUUACCAGUUGGACGUCCCCAAGGCCAAUCUGCUGUUUAAAGGUUCGAUAGACAGUAACUGGGUCGUAGGAGCAACGCUGGAAAAAAAGCUGCAGCCUCUUCCCCUGUCUUUGGCACUUUGUUCUUUCCUGAACCAUCGUAAAAACAAGUUCCAGUGUGGGUUUGGCGUGACCAUCGGUUGAAACGCCUGAACAGAGGCUGAAACUCUCAUACUGACGUUUUCGGGAUCGGCAGCAUGUGGACACUCGCACAAAGUGCACCAUCAGUAUCAGUUUUUUUUAAAAUAUGAAUGUUUCAUCUACUGUUUAUAUCGAAUGAAGAAUCCAGGAAGUAGCUGCAGUGUGAUUUUAAUUAUUCAGACAUAUAUUCCUGCAAUGUCCACUUCAUAAACCAUCUUUCAAAAAAAAAAAACCAAUGUUAAUUCCUGAAUGAGGAAAUAUUGAGUAAACAGUCUGAAAGGAUCAUCAGUCAGCAAUACGGUAAAAUAAUCAAUCCUUUCUUAUUUUAGGUAUUUAAAGAGUGAUUGUAGUCUUGUUUGUGUGGGGUUGGGGUUUUUUUUUUAAACUUGUAUUUGUAUCUAAAUUAAGCAUUUAUUUCUUUCGUUACGUUCUCUUUCAUUUCUGCCAUUUCUUUUACGAACCUUGCAUAUUAAAAUGGUUAACUGACUCUACACAAAUACGGUUUCAUAUAUAAAUCAGUGGUUUUGUAAUCAUUUGAUUACAAAUGAGUAGGUUUUGAGCGGGGUAGAAGAAUUUAGUUGCUCUUUAACGAUGUACAGCACCAGUCGAAAGUUUGGACGCAGUUUCUAAUUCACUGUUUUUUGUUUCUUUAUUUUUAUUAAUUGAGAUGCUUCAUGAUUUGAUGUCAUUUCUCUCUUUACUUAGUCGAGCGGUUCUUGACAUAAUAUGGAUUACUACAGGUGUGGUGUGGAAUAGGGCUAUUUACUGUAUUAUUUACGGUUUGAUCUCAAACACAUUAAGGAGGCAAGAAACUCGUCCACUAAUUAUGGGUUGUUUUACAAUCAGGGUACAAAGUUUGUGUCACAGGGGUCCAAAAUUCAAAUUGAUUCAAACUGGUUCUUGUACCAGUUUUUAAGUGAAGGACAAGUUAAAGAACAGAUUUCAGGUGAUUUUUUGACGUGUGUGUAUGGUAGUUUUGUGUAAUCUGCUAUAAGAUGGGAGAAACAAAUGAAGUGAUUCUCGGAGAGGACUUUUUUUUUUGACAAUUCAGAAUCCACGACUUCCAUAGUGCUUUUAAAUAUAAGGCUGUAAGCUUUGUGUUAGUCGUCUCUAAUAUUUAUGUCCCAAUAUCUUGACCACAUUUUAGGAUGAAAAUAAUCAUUUUAGAUAUGUUAUUUUAUAUUGAAAAAUUAGCUGUCUCGGAGAGGACAUUUUUUUGACAUAAUUCCAUACUAAUUUGAUCAAAAUAGUCUGAAAACUUACUGGCAUUCAACAUUAAAACUUAACUAUGUUUCCAAUGAUAUGGAACCAAAUAUGUGUUUUAUGGUAUAAAGAGUGAUUUAAGUGCAUCCCUUUUGGAGCUACCUGUGGUCAAAAAAGCACUUUUUCUAAAUGACACGAGUAAUUUUGCUAAAUAUGACACACAUUGCCAUACAUUCACCAAAAAUAACGUCAUCACCAAAUUGUUUCUUGCAUGGUAAAUGGAGCUAUCACAGGGCUACAAUAAACAACCAAGUUUAUUUAGUCAAGCCUUUUGAUAUUGAAGAUAAGUGUUAAAUGUGAUUUUUAGCUUGCGUACCCUGAUUGUAAAACAACCCAUAAGUUUUGACGAGGCACAGCUGUUAAUUCCAGGCGACUACCUCAUGAAGCUGGUUAAGAUGAUGCCAAUAAGUGUGUAAAUUGUCAUCAAGGUAAACGCUGCAUACUUUGAAGAAUCUAAAAUAUGAAUUUUUUUUUUUAAACGCCGUAAUUCCAUAUGUUCCAUGUGUUAUUUCAUAGUUUUGAUGUCUUCAGUAUUGUUCUACAAUGUACAACAGUGUCAAAAUGAGUAUGGGAUGUACAAACUUUUGACUGGUACUGUAUAUACUCACACUUUUAUGAGUAAAAGGAGGAGGAUGUCAGCUUCAAUAAGAAUGUUCAUAAUGUCUGUCUGUCUGUCUGUUCAUUGAGGCUUUGUGAAGAACAGUGUCACUGACGUGUGUGUGAAUGUUUUCCCAGAAAGAAAACCAACUUCACGCUCCAAAAUGGAACCAAAUCUCAGUCAUUAUUGUACAGAUGUUCUAUGCUCUUCCCAUUUCAGUAAUCCUGAUAUAUGCAAUGAAUAUAUUUCUUCAGUGUUUUGCCUUCAGUCUUCAGAAGUGGCUCUUGAACGCUCCUCAUAACCUUCUGGUCACAAGAACAGAACCUCAAUCACUGAGUCACUGUCCUUUAUUAAAUGAAUAAAAAGUAUACAAGAGUCUUGCAAUCAAA